AUGUUCAACAUCAAGGUCGACUACCCGACCAAGGACGAGGAAGAAAAGAUCCUUACCGCCACGACGCGCGGCGAGAAGCCGGAGGUCAACAAGGUCCUCAGCGCCAAGGCGAUCCUCAACGUGCAGCGGCUCGUCACCUCGGUGGCGGUGAGCGAGUACGUCAUCAAGUACGCGGCCGCGCUGGUCCGCGCGACGCGCCCCAAGGACGACUCGGCGCCCGACUUCGUCAAAGAGCUAGUCGAUUGGGGAGCGGGCCCGCGCGCGGGACAGUUCCUCAUCCAAGGCGGCAAAGCGAUCGCCGCAAUGGACGGCCGCUUCAGCGUCGCGGUCGAGGAUAUCCAGAAGAUCGCGCUCCCGGUGCUGCGUCACCGCGUGGCGGCGAACUUCCAAGCGCAGGCGGAGGGGAUGACGACGGAGGACAUUAUCGCGCGGCUGCUGAAGCAUGAGUGUACGAGUGAGAAUUGGGCCGACACUCAACUAGAAGCCAGAAAUAUGCUCACAAGGGAGCUUAGCACUAAGCACCGUAGUGAGUACCGCAAGUGGAAUCAACAUGUGGACCACGCAAAGGAACUGCUCACUCUCGACCUAGUGCAAUUGGAUCGCCGAGUAGCUGAGUUGGGAAUCGAUCCGGUCGUUGCAUCAAGCGCAAAGUGGGAUGUUAUUGGCGCUGUGAUGGAAGAGACGUACGGCGAGCUUUCCUCGUUCCGGUUCUUCACCUCGCUCAUCGACAUCUAUGUAGGAGGUCAUUUUCCAUGUGGUUGGCGCGGUGAAGUUCCAGGGAGCGAAUCCGAUAUCAAGCGGCUCGAUCUGCGCGCGCAGUUCAUCGUGAAGGGUUAUCUGCAGGGGCUGCACGCUAGCCCGUUUCAUGGGUACUCGGUCGAGUUCUCGGAGCACCGUAAGUACACGCAGGGGGACGACCCGAAGGACAUCGACUGGCUCGCAUACGCCAAGACCGACCGUUACUACAUCAAGAAGUUCGAGGCCGAGACCAACAUUACCGGGUGGCUGGCGAUGGAUUUGAGCCGGUCGAUGGCGUACUCGCACGGCCCGACUCAACGCGGCAAGCCGGGGCUGACGAAGUUCGAUUACUCGAUCUGCAUCGCGGCGGCGCUGGCGUACUUGAUGAUUGGCCAGCAGGACCCCGUGGGGCUCGCUGCGUUCGAUCAGAAGAUCCGGCACUCCUUGCCACCCAAGAGCAAACGGACGCAGCUGGCGACGCUGCUCAGCCUUCUGGCGCGGCUCCAGCCGACCGGCGAGACCGACAUCGGCGGUAGCCUCACGCAGCUCGCCGCGAUGCUGCGGCACUCGAGCCUGGUGAUGAUCUUUAGCGACCUGCUGACGGACGAAGAACCGGUGCUCAAGGCGUUGCGUCGCCUCCGCCACGGCGGCCACGACGUGAUCCUGUUCCACGUCCUCGACGAGGCCGAGGUCAAGUUCCCGUUCCGCGGCCUCACCGAUUUCGAAGAGCCUGAGACGGGCGAGCGCCUAGAACUCGACGCCGACGGCUUCCGCGCCGAGUACCGCGCGAGCGUCGAAGAGUUCCGAGAAACCUACCGCCGCGAGUGCCUCGAAUCGGGCGUCGAUUACGUGCCGCUGGAUACGGGGAUGCCGUUUGAUCGGGCGCUGACGGAGUACCUUGUUCAGCGGCGCAGGGCUCUAGCGGCUCCGACAGGUUCGUCAUUCGUGCUUCGUCAUUCGUCAUUUCUCUUGGCUAUGGCCUUUCUAGCACCAGCCUUACUCGCCGGCGUUCUUUUGAUCGGGAUUCCGAUCGCGCUGCACUUGCGCCGUCGACGUGAUCCGGUGCGGGUGGAGUUUCCGGCGUUGCGGCUGCUCAAGCGGAAUCGGCAUCGCACAGAGACACAGCUGCGGCUGCGGCGGUGGGUGCUGCUGGCGCUGCGUUGCUGUUUGCUGGCGCUGUUGGCGGCAGCGCUCGCGCGACCCUUGCUCAAGCCGCCGUCGGCGGACAGCGGGGCGGCGGCGGACGGGCCGGCGGGUGAGGGCGUGGGGCUGGCGCUCGUGAUCGACAACGGGCCGAACGCGGCUUAUCAGAGCCGCAACGAAACGCGGCUCGAAGCGGCGCAAGAGCUGGCGUCGAAGUUGCUCUCAGGUUUGCCCGGGGAUACGCCGGUGGUGCUGGCGGACCGGGCGGCCGGGGGCGGGGCUUCGAUGUUGGAGCCCGCGGCCGCGGCGGCGCGGGUGGAUCGGCUGCGGGUGGGGGGCGCCGCUAAGCCGCUAGCGGCGGCGGUGCGCGACGCGGUUGUGAGGCUAGCGGAGACGCCGGCGGCGCGGCGCGAGGCUUAUGUCUUUACCGAUCUGUCGGCGGGGGCUUGGGACGAGGCGUCGCAGCGCACGGUCGCCGCGGUGCUGGAAGAACACCCGGGCGUUGCGCUAAGGCUGGUCGAUGUGGGCGUGGCUGAGCCGCGUAACGCCGCGAUCGAUGACCUGCGGAUGCCGAGCGAGUCGCUCGCCGUUGGCGAGGCGCUGGCGCUCUCGGCGUCGAUUCAUCUUGUCGGUGAGUGGCGUGAACCGCUCGCGGUGCAGUUGUGGGUCGAUGGCGAGAAGGGGCCUGUGAAGCGAGACGAGCGGCUUGUCGAACCGAAGGGCAAGAGCGUGCCGGUCGAGUUCACGCUAUCGGGUUUGAGCGAAGGCUUUACGACGGGCUUCGUGCGCGUCGUCGCCGGUGACGCGGCGCCCGACGACGACGCGCGGUACUUCGCCGUCGAGGUGCGGCGGCCGCGAUCGAUGCUGAUCGUCGCGCCCGAGCAGCGCGACGCCGUCUUCUUCCGCGCGGCGAUCGACCCGUCGGUCAUGGACCCGAGCGUGGCGCCGCGGUUUGAAACGGGAGUCAUCGCGUUCGACGCGUGGCCGCGGCAGUCGCUUGCCGGUUACGACGCGAUCGUGAUGAUCGACCCGUCGCCCACGGUCGAGCGCGGCCGCGGCUGGCGACGGUUGUACGACGCGGCGAUCGGCGGCGCGGGCAUUGGCGUGUUCCUCGGCGGCGAGGCGACGCUCGACGAUUUCAAUUCGCCCGACGCCCAAGCCUUGUUGCCGGCGCCGCUUGAGUGGCGUUCGCGCGAUUCGACUUACUUGCGGCCCACGUCAUUCGCGCAUCCGGCGAUCAAGCCGCUCGCGCCGUACGCCGACGCGAUCCUCUGGCAGACCUUUCCGGUUUAUCAGCGGUGGGAACUCGGCGACUUGCGCGAAGGGGCCGCGGUCGUGGCGCGCUACGCCGAUGGUGGGCCGGCGAUCGUCGAGCAGUCGGUGGGCCGCGGUCGGGUGCUGAUGAUGACGACCAGCGUCAGCGACCGAUACAAUCCCGCUGUUGACGGUGGUUACGAGUGGAAUCGCUUACCGACAGGCGACGACCCGUGGCCGUUCGUGUUGCUGGCGCGGUCUCUGGCGGACUACCUCACCGGCGCCGCCGAGACACAGCUCAGCUACAUCGCGGGCGAGACGGUCUCGGCGCCGCUGCCGACGGGUGUCGAACUUCCCGGCUACGUGCUCCGCACGCCCGGCGGCGAAGCGGUGCGGCAGUCGGUCCCGCCGGGGCGAAGCGAGCUGGCGAUCCCCGCCGCCACCGAGCCCGGCCCCUACCGCCUCGAAGCGGGCGCCGACCUCGACCGCCGUUUCGUGGUGAACCUCGACCCGCGCGCGGGCCACGUCGAACGCGUCGCGUUCAGCGAGUUGCAAACCUCGCUCGGCAAAGACCGCGUUGAGUUGAUCCGCAAUGAGGAAGAGCUGACCGCGUCGAUCGACCUGGGCCGUGUCGGCCGUGAGUUGUACGGUUGGGUGCUGGCGCUCGUGGCGGCGGCGCUGGUGGGCGAGCAGUGGGUGGGGAAUCGUUACUACCGACAGACGAAGGAAGACCUGUAA